AUGGACAGGUUGGUCUCCCAUUUCAAGCAUCUGUGGAUGGAUUCGCUGAUGUUGUUUAGCCUUACCCCUGCCGAACAGAGGGAGCUGAAUGCUCGCAUGGAGGCGAAGCAGCUCAAAGAAUUCAUGAAGACCUAUUCCAACCUUGUCCAACGGUGUUUUGAUGAUUGCGUCAACGAUUUCACGACAAAGUCAUUGAUCUCAAGAGAAGAAGGAUGUGUAAUGCGCUGCGUUGAUAAAUUCUUGAAGGGUUCGGAGAGAUUAGGGGCAAGAUUCCAAGAGCAGAACGCAGCCAUGAUGCAGUCGGGUCAACUGCCCGGCAGAUAA